ACAUGAGUGGACAAUUACCAGUCACAUUUGUCGAAGGUUUUCACAAUGUAGAAAAACUCAAGUGCAUGAAAUACAAACAGCUUGGUAAAACGGGUUUAGAAGUAUCGCAAGUUGCAUUUGGCGGUGGCGCUCUCUGUUCUAAAUAUGGCUUUGACUUGGAGGAGGGCAUUAAGACAGUGCAAGAAGCUAUUAAGGCUGGCAUUAACUACAUUGACACAGCUCCGUGGUAUGGCCAAGGGCGCUCCGAGGAGGUGCUUGGACUUGCCCUUAAAGAUGUGCCUCGAAAAGCUUAUUACAUAGCCACCAAAGUGGGACGCUAUGAGUUGGAUUAUCAGAACAUGUUUGACUUUAGUGGCCAAAAAGCACGCGAGAGUGUGGAGAAGAGUCUGAAAUUGUUGGGCUUGGAAUAUAUCGAUGUUAUACAAAUACAUGACAUUGAGUUUGCGCCAAGCAUGGACAUUUUGCUUAACGAAACUCUGCCAGUUUUAGAGCAACUUGUAAAGGAGGGCAAAGCUAACUUUAUCGGCGUAUCCGGCUAUCCUUUGAGUGCAGUAAAAAACUUAGUUUCAAGCACUCCCGGCAGAAUCGAUAUGGUGCUUAGCUACUCGCGUUAUACGCUUUCCGACAACACUCUUUUGGACUAUAUGGACUACUUUUUGUCGCAGAAUUUAGGCAUUGUGUGUGCCGCAGCUCAUGCUAUGGGCCUGCUAACGAAUGCUGGACCUCAGCCCUGGCAUCCGGCUACCAAUGACCAAAAGCACCAGGCGUGUCAAGCAGCCAAGUUUUGCCAAGACCAAGGAGUGGAACUAGGAAAAUUAGCUUUGUACCACACCAUACAAUUGAGUGGAGCGACCACAUUUUUGAUUGGAAUGCAAACGCGUUCGUUGUUAGCAAUGAAUUUGGAUGUUUUCUACAAUGGAUUAAAUGGCAAGGAGCAGGAAGUGCUGCAGCAUCUCUAUAAAACCACUUUUAUACGGCCAUUCAACUGGGAGGGCAUUGAACUGGAACGCUAUUGGGCCGCGAUUAAAGGAAGAGCAUCCGUCAGGGUUGUCCUUACACCCGGUGGCCUAGUAGCGAUUUGGUGCCACUUAAGACCAGCUAAUGAGUCAUAAAAA